AUGACAACAAGCCCGAAGAAUGAACUACCUUCGCCCUUAUCAUUUGAACAUGUACCUCAUCUUGCUUCGCAAACUCAUCUAACCACUGAAACGUAUUCAUUGCCGGCAACAACUACUGAUCGUCCGCAUUCACGUACUUCGAUUGAUAUCAUACGUGAAAUGACUUGUACAGCACAGUUUCGGCAAGACUAUGCCACUUUAACUGUAUUGGACGUUUAUGACGAAGCAGCAUUAAUAGGAAAAGACUUUGAACGGAUUAUUGAAGCUUAUGGAGCCGAAACAAUUCGUGAUCUUGUACCGAAGGUGAUUCACAUUCUUGAGUUACUUGAGUUGCAAGCAGCAAAAAAUGAAAAAGAAACCGACCAAUUAAUGGAGAUGAAAUCACGUAUUGAACGUUUAGAAAUUGAAAAGAAUGAAACACGUGAAUUGCGUGAAAAAUUCGAUCGUGAACUCGAACUUAUUGAAGAACAAUGGCGAAAAGAAGCCGACAAUUUAAUGGGUCUUGUUUCGAAAUUAGAAGAUGAAAAUCGACGGUUACGUGAUGAACUUCAGCAUAAAACUAAUUUAAAUGAAACAUCAAAUGCACCCAGUUCGACCGAAACCAUUAGUAUUACUCGUGAAGAACUUCAAUGCAUCAAAAAUUUAACAGAUGAAAAUAUGAAAUUAAAACGAACGGUAAAAACAAAAGACAAAGAACUAACACAAAAAACACUCGAUAUAGAAGCAGUUCACGGCCAACUUGAACGUGUCUGCAAAGUAAAUUGUACAUUACGGCAAAAGAAUACAUUUUCUUCGAAUCAAACUCAACGAUUAAUGGUGGAAAAGUUUGAUUUAGAAGUUCACCUUAAAGAAAAGGAAAAUUUUAUUACUCACAUGAAAGAUCGUGUUGCCGAUGAUCUUACUAGUCCAACAACACCAACAAAUCCAAUAAACGAUUUAAGCAUGUACGAAGCUCAUCAACCAAGAUUUUCACUCGAAGAAUUACGGCAAGUUUUAUGGGAACGAAAUGAUUUAAAAACAAAAUUAAUGGAAGUCGAAGAAGAAUUAAGAUUGUUUAAAGAACAAGAAGACGAUGAAAAUAACGCUCCGGUUGAAGGCCCAAUACCAUUGGAACCAGAAGAAAAAUUAUAUGGUCAAAAACGUGACGAAUCAAAAAUUCGUCAAUUCAUACGUUCACUAUUUCCCUCAAGUAAACAAUUGUCAUCGUCUCAGCAAAAUACGCCAAUUAAAUCCUCAUCGACACCCGUAGCACCAACUGAAAAUAUUAGUCGGUCUUAUUCAACAUUUUCAUCACAUUCCAUCGAUCCGAAAAUUUCGUCACCACAACAAACUUCCGUUGAAAGUUUUUUUCAUAAUAGCCAAAAAACAUCGAAAUCAAGUUUUCCAAUGCUUUCGUCCCUAUGA